AAAAGCGGCACUCGGGACAGGCACAGAGUGCAGUGCGGACGGGAGCAUGGGCCCUGGAGAGCGGGGCGAGGUGCCAUCGUGGUACAUAGUAGGUAGGGAAAGCAAUCAGGGUUGAAAGCGUCGAUAGCCGACAAAAGAGAGAGAGAACUAAGUAAAACGCAGUUGAGACGAAGAGCAACGCAGCGGUGCUAAAAUGCAUCGCUGACUGCGCACGAUGGACUGCGAAGCACCAAACAUGACAUGCAGUCAUGGUCCAUCGCCUGCCGGACAUGGUCACAAGUGUCAAUCCAUCGCAGCUUGUUCAUUCAGCAUUGCGGCGAAUGGCGAGAUGACUUUCUAUGUAGGACUUGGCGUCGAUACCCAGCUUCAACGGUGAGGCGGUGGAAACCUUGCGAGGCGAAUGCUGGCGCCGUGCCUCCACCAACUUCAAUCCUCGCGCGCCAAGCCCAGCUUGUCUGGGCGAGGAGCCUAGGGCCGUGGAAGCGGGCAGGUGAAGCGCAGACUCUGUGUCUGGCUUGUGUCCGAGCGAUGAGCACGGAAUGGUGUCGACCUCUCGAUCACAAGGGUAAUGGACUGCAUGCACCUGGAACGGCUGCGCGCAUCGGUAGCAUCAGAGUGAAUAUGAUGCACAUCCACUCAUGUCACCUGCAAGGGAACCACAAGGCGCAGAGCAACGGACCUUGCACAUGUCAUUACCGAGAAGCAUCCAACAACGCGUGUAUGCAGCUCAUUUCUUAUGGACAAUCUCAUGACAUUUCUUCUUGCCGUCUUCCGCGGAUCUCUUCCCACCGCACAUGACCCGCGCAUCCCUGGUUCCCACUACAGUCCUCGA